UUAACUGCAAAAUGGUCCCUGCAGCGGACGUGACGGUUGAACUGGACGCACAAACACAGUUUGUUGAACCCGACCCGUGUGGUACAAGCCACUAAAAGCUUCACAUUUUGUUAACACAACUAGCUAGGCUAGCUAGUAUGUCCGAUACCAAUAACAGCAGUGCAUGACACAGGCUAGAGCGGUUAAAUAGGUCUGUGUGUCAGCACAGCUCGGUCCGUAUAUUUCCGGGUGGUACAAAGCUGCUCCGGUAACGUUCCAUCCCCGCUAUCAUCUGUUGGUUCAGCCUCCAUCCUCCAUCCUCCACCCAGCCACAACAACAGCUACUGGAGGCCGGGACACAAACAAAACCAGCCGAACAGUUAUUAACCGAGACAGUUGUAUAAUUGAUGACUUAUAGCUGAAAGCCAAAGCGAGGGCAGCAGUACGGCCAGGAGUUAUGGCUGCGUCGCUUCUCUUCGAGACCGACAUCAGACACCGGUCCAUGGCGGAGGAGGAUCCGAACGGGAAUGAGCACGGGGCGGCUGCACGCAGCGCGGCGCCUCGCUGGGGACCGCAGCACGCCGGGGCCCGACAGCUCGCAAGGCUCUACUCUCCCGGAAAGCGGCUUCAGGAGUGGGUGUGUGUGGUUCUGUGCUUCUUCCUUUUCAUCAUCAACUUCUCCUUCCUCAUCCUCCACUUUUCCGCCGUGCACAUCUACAAGAUCUUCCUCGGCAUCGUCCUGGGAAUAGUGACGGCAGACUUUGCAUCGGGGAUGGUGCACUGGGGGGCGGAUACCUGGGGAUCUGUGGACAUCCCUGUUAUUGGCAAGGCAUUUAUUCGUCCAUUCAGGGAGCACCACAUUGAUCCAACCGCCAUCACUCGCCACGACUUCAUUGAAACCAAUGGCGACAACUGUAUGAUACCCAUCCUUCGACUGGCUCACAUGGCCUACAAGUUCCUCACAUACACACCAGAGGCCUUGAAGGCAUCCUAUCCGUGGGACUGCUACGUCUUUGCCCUGGCAGUUUUUGUGACGCUGACCAAUCAGAUUCACAAGUGGAGCCACUCUUACUUUGGCCUCCCGUACUGGGUCACAUUGCUCCAGGACUGGCAUCUGGUGUUGCCACGGAAACAUCACCGCAUCCACCAUGUUUCGCCGCACGAGACAUACUACUGCAUUACUACAGGUUGGUGUAACUAUCCUCUGGACCAGCUGGGCUUCUGGAGACAAAUGGAAGAAAUGAUCCAACAACUAACAGGGCAGAAACCACGAUCUGAUGACCUGGCAUGGGCCAAGAAGACUGACAGAUGAACCCUCAAAAA